AUGAUGGAGCAUAGAGCCUCGGAAACCGGAGCGGCUUUGGCCUCGCCCCGAGCGACGAGCGCUUCGGCCACCGUCAACCCUGGGAACCAGACGCAAAUUACUACGGCUGAAAAUAGCGAUGAUGUCCUCGCUGCUGAGGAGGUGACUGAUGAUGCAGGCUCUGUAGCCCACGAAAGCAUAGCAUCGUCGACUACCAGCGUGACCGAGUCUGUUCUUCAGUAUAGGGAAGAGAACGGCAGAACGUAUCAUAACAGGAACGCCGGAUACGCUCUCCCUAACGAUGAUAGAGAAAACGAACGGCUGGAUCUCCAACACAACAUGUUCAUACGAACCUUUGACGAGCGACUCGGUACUGCUCCACCAAACGAUGAAGGGGCCCAGGUCAGGCGUGUUCUUGACGUUGGUACUGGCUCUGGCAUUUGGGCGAUGGACUUUGGUGAUGAACAUCCCGAAGCCGAAGUUCUUGGCGUCGAUCUGUCGCCCGUUCAACCGGUCUUUGUUCCCCCAAACGUGCAAUUCGAGAUCGACAACGUCAAUGAGCCAUGGACGUAUUCGGAGUCGUUCGACUACAUUCAUAGCAGACUGAUGAAUGGAAGUGUUCUCGACUGGAAGGCUUUUGUCAAACAAUGCUAUGAUAACCUUGAGCCCGGAGGCUACCUUGAGCUCAAUGAAGGCGAUAUCGCCCCAGUAUGCGACGACGACACUCUUCCGGCUGAUUGCAGCCUCAUGAAAAGUGUUCGACUUUGGCAUCAGGCCUUGGGAAUAUUUGGGACGCCGUUCAAGCCAUCCGACCGGCUCAAAGACGUUCUGGUUGAAGUUGGCUUUGAAGAUGUUCACAUCAAACGGUUCAAGUGGCCUACCUGCGGUUGGCCCAAGGACCGUAAAUACAAGGAGCUUGGUAUCUGGAACUAUGAGAACCUCGCUCCUCAUUGGGACGGAAUCCUGAUGGGUGCACUUACCCGAGGGCUGGGUUGGACUAGAGAGGAAGUUCUGGUUCUUGCCAUGGAGGCUCGGAAGGACUUCAGGGAUAGAAAUAUCCAUGCAUACUUCAACAUGUGA